AUGAUAGUUCUAGACAAUGUACAUCGUGUGAAGACAACGAACGUCGCUCCCGACUCGGCAGAUGAACAAAGAUGGCAGGAUUUAUCAGUGCUGCAAAGAAUUUCGGCAUAUAAACAUGAAACAGAAAUAAAAGACUUUACACGAUUAGCAAAUUCGUCGUUCUCGAAAUUUUAUCUGCAGAAAAAAAGUAAAACGUACAAAAUUGGCGAAACAAUCAAAGUAGACAUAGCCCUGAAGGAUGGCUUGGGUAGACCGGUUUUGUCCGGAGGUGACGUGUUAAGAAUUUGGCUGAAACAGCCCUCCACCGGAAAUAGUGUGAGCGGAUAUGUUGUUGAUAAUGGCAAUGGCUCUCACACUGGUAUUGUUGAAACGCUGUGGUUCGGAAAAUCAGAACUGAUUGUAAUGAUUGCAAAUACAAAGAAACAUGUUGGAAUAUUUUUAAAUUACUUGCAAAAUAACGGCAUAUUCUACACUAUUGAGGCUAUAUUUGAAGAUAAAAACAAUACUAGACAGGUUGAAAAAACACCAUGUAAUGUUGGAAUCAGAUUUUUUGGAAAUGCAAGUGUCUGUAACUUUACGAAGGAUAAUUUCGGAAUGUCUUGGUAUUGUAAGAGUCCAAAGAUGUACAACUGCAGUGAAUGGUUGUUUUACACCAUGGACAAAAGUACGAACACCUUAAGCAAGGAGUCAGACCAUCUGUUCAGGAAUUAUGUAUUUAAGAAGAUGAAGAUGAACAUAACUAUAGAGGCCGAUAACAAAGUCAAACUUCCUGUGUUACAAAAUUGCAUGCAUAUUUCCAAAAUGCUGACUUGGCGUAAAACAACUCCGACUGGAUUUUACAAGAAUAAUACAUGGAAAAAUCUUAUAUGCAAAAGUACACUGCAACGGACAAAAGAAGACUAUUUUAAAUGCCUGUCGGGACGACGUUUACUUAUUCUAGGAGAUUCUACAAACCGAAUAUGGUUUGUAUACUUGGUUGGCUACCUUGGUUUAAAGUUCACAACUGGUCGAUGGGAUGAAAUUAAGGAUAAGUCAUGGCAGAGGUAUGCCCAUGCAACACUAAAGUCACGAAAUAUGUCCAUAGAGUGGGCACCACACGAACUUCCUUUUUAUGGUAAUCAUCACUCAUCCAGACUUAACGUCAGAUCAGUAGCUUUUCGAUUGGACGAGAUUCCCGCAAAUAGUUCUGACAUUGUAGUAUUACACUGGUACCUUCAUAUUGCUAGGGUUUCUCACAAGAUUUUUAGAGAACAUGUUCGAAAUGCCAAGGAGUCUGUUAUUCGCCUUCUUAAACGUGCUCCUAACAUUAAAAUUUUCAUCAAAGGCCCACAUGCUUUAACAUAUGUUACUAAUAUGCUUCCUUAUGACUUUAUUAGACAAAUUGAACAACAAAUACUUUUUGAUGAAUUUUUAGAUUUGCAGGAUCGCAUAAUAUAUUUAGACCAGUGGGAUGCGACUGUCGCUAACGAAAAUGUUCAUGUUCAUCCCAACAUGUCAGUUAAUGCUGAUAUGGUGCAUUCCAUGUUGUCGUAUAUAUGCGGGAGAAAAUGA